AUGUCGCGCAGGCCAGCAAAUCCUCAGGCUGAGCGUAUUGCGCAAAACACCCAAACCAUUAAGAGUCUAUUGAAACUCGAGUGUAAUAAGGUUUGUUGUGACUGCAAAAGAAAUAAACAUCCAAGAUGGGCAAGCUGGAACUUGGGAGUAUUCAUGUGCAUAAGAUGUUCUGGAAUACAUCGUGGAAUGGGAACGCACAUAAGUCGAGUAAAAUCGGUUGAUUUGGACUCUUGGACAGACGAACAAGUACAAAGUGUUUUGAAAUGGGGAAAUGCCAGAGCAAACAAAUAUUGGGAAGCAAAGCUGGCUCCAGGCCACGUACCAUCAGAAGCCAAGAUUGAGAACUUUAUAAGAACGAAAUACGAUUCAAAGAGGUGGGUGAUGGAUGGACCAAUUCCGGAUCCCUCAACACUUGAUGUCGACGGAGAUGACGAUAUGCCCCUUGGACUUGUCAAAGAAAAACACAACCUCGAGAGAUCGACAUCACAAAGGACUGCCCCACCAAGUAAAGCCCCUACUCCGAUCAGUACUCCCCCGCAGCAGGAUCUCUUUGGCGAUGAUAUUGGGCCACCGCCGAGGGCGAGUACUGCCGGUCCGGUACCUGCAAGACCUCCGCCAAAGUCAGAGCCCGCUCCUCCAAAACAAACAAAACCAGCGGACUCCCUGCUAGGCUUGGACUUUUUCGGAACUGAGGCUGCUCCUCCUAGUCGACCGUCGAGUACAGCCCCAGCUCCAGGUACUCAGUCAAGACCCGAUCUAAAACAGUCGAUUUUAUCGCUGUAUGCAUCCGCUCCCCGUCCUCAAGUACAGCAACAGACAUCACAUAUUUCACAUGCAUCAUCUGGAUCUUUUGGUGGUAUGCAAGCUGCACCGCAGCAGUCACCACAGCGUUCUACGUUCGGAGGUAUGAACGAUGCAUUUAGUAGCUUGAGUUUCUCAAAUUCCACAUCUCCGGCUCAAUCAAAACCCACAGCCUUCUCAAACUUGGGUAACAUUUCCAGCCACCGAUCCGCAGCUUCUGGGGCUCAGAUAUCAUCCCCAUCACUCAGUGGCGGCGGCUUUUUUGAUACGAAGCCCAAAGCAGCUCCUGCUCCCUCACAAGUAUCCCGUACAUUCAGCUCCUCAAGCGGCUUUGGAGCUUUUGAUUCGGCGCCAGGUCAAUCUCCAGCUCCACAGUCCACAAAUGCUAGUUCCGCAUUAGGAGAUCUAUUCGACUUCUCCACACCUGCUGUGCAAAGUGUUGCGGCGCCCAAGCAGACAAUCGCCUCGCCACCCAUUCAAUCAUCCGUUUUCAACCUUUCAAGCACAACAGCAACAUCACAAAAAUCUCCGCCAGCGGCGCCCGCUAUGAGCAGCGCUUGGGGCAGUACCGAUGCGUGGGGCUCAAAUGAUGCUUGGGGUAGCUCUGCCAAAAUUAGCCCAUCCCUUCCAAAACCUGCACCACCUCAAACUAGCACUGGGGAUUUUGGUGGCUGGGGAGGACUAUCGAACCAGAGUAUAGUACCAGGCGCUGGAGGUAGUUUUAAUACAAUUGUUAGUGCUCCAAAAGUGGCAGCAGAUGAUGAAUUUGGUGGUUGGAGUAGUGCAGCUCCAGCGCCUGCCGCGAAUGCGACUUCUGGUGCUGGAAAGGGUUUCUCAUCCGGUGGUGAGGAUUUGUUCUCGAAUGUAUGGGAGUGA